UGUGGGUCAGAUCUUGUAUAAAACACUGAUGCUGAGACUAUUCACUAACCAAACAUGGCUGGUCUGUGCAAAUCUUUGAGGUUCCUAACAGUGCAGUCAGGAAUCAGGAUAAGCCUUAAGGCUAACCCAGCACCUUUUGCACUUAAGUUUCGAAAUUUAAAUACAUCAUCAGUACUACUGAAAAAUGAUCAUGACUCAGAUGAUGAGGGGGCUAAAGGUUGGUUUGGCAGACGCAAAAAGGCCACCCAACCAGAACAAUCUCACUCAAUGGCCUUAUCUAGUAAAGAAACUGUUUAUGAAAUGCAGUUUCAUGCUGUGAAACCAGAGUACAUGGAGGAAUACAUCAACCAAUUUGCGACCUUCCAAAAAUUGAUGAAGGAUAAAGGGACUGGGGCAGAUCUUGUUGGUAGUUUUACAGUGGAAAUAGGAGACCAAGAUGAAGCAGUUCACAUUUGGCAAUACCCUGGAGGUUAUCCAGUCCUCAAUAAAGCAAAUGAUAUCUACCGUACAGACUCAGAUUUUGUAGAAUUUCGUAAGAAGAGAAACAUGAUGCUGAGAUCAAGGAGGAAUCAGAUUGUUUUAGCCUUCAGUUUCUGGCCACAAAUCCAGCCUAGAGAGCCAAGCCAUAUAUAUGAACUUAGAAGUUAUACAUUAAAGCCAGGAACAUUGUAUGAAUGGGGAAGCUGUUGGGCUAGGGGACUUCAGUAUAGAAAGACAGAUAAAAAUGAACCUGUUGCAGGCUUCUUUUCACAAAUAGGUGAACAAUACAAUGUACACCACAUUUGGGCUUAUAAAGAUCUUCAAACAAGGAAAGAGACGAGGGAGGCUGCAUGGAACAGGCCAGGCUGGGACCAGUGUGUCUCUUAUACAGUACCUUUGAUCCGUCACAUGAAGUCAAGAAUCCUCAUACCCACCCCAUUUUCACCCCUGCAGUAACUCCAGACUGUUUUCUGCUGGAUUGGGUUGUCUGAGAAUUUGUGUCAGGAAGUGUGGGCUGUAUCACAAGAUUUUGGUUUGGGUUUCUGUGUCUUGUCAAAUUGGAGCAGAUUUUCUCAUGAGUGGUUCGUUAAAAUACUCCACUUAGUUUCGUAAUUACUGUGGUCAGGAAAUGAAUUUUAUAUUCAGAUCAAUGUGAUAUGUUCAGAAGUUAUAUGGCCAAAGAUUUUUUUUAAGUGUACUUCUAGCCAAUAGUUGUUUUGGGGGAAAGUAAAACGGCAUGGAUGAUUUUUAUAUUGUGAGGGAAGAUAAAGCACUGAAUUGAUUAAAUUGAGAUUAAAGUGUGGUAAUUUUUCUCAUCAGUAUUUAUUUUAAUUUAAUACAAAACUCUUUAGAUGCUUGGCAUUAACUUAAAUUGUAUGGGAGUUAUUUCACGAUUAAUAAGAUUUUUGGUGAUUGAUAACUGAUUGUAUAUUUAGAUUGUCUGUAAAAAAAACAUUUAAUGUAUUGCCUAAUAUAUACAUUUUACAGUACGUAAUUUUACAUUAACACUGUGUAUGUCUGUGUGACUGAACUUGAUAGGCUUUUAUGUAGUUUUAAUGUCUGAAUUUUUUUGAAUUAGUUGAAAUAUGUUUUUGAGUGCUCAGCAUUUGUACAUGCAACACUUGAUCUUUCAAAACAUCAUGUUGCUAUUGAUAAUAAAAAACUACAAGAUAUAAUACCUCA